GUGGCGGUUAGGACUUGCGCCGGUCUCCUCUUGGGCCAGGCUUACAGUGUACUCUCCCUGCUUACUAGUGAGUACGUCGAGGGAAAAAUAGAUCUGUUGAGUGAGUGAGUGCGAUGGUCGCUUGAGUAAGGUGACACUCAUCCUUCCGCGAGAACUCAGCAAAACAAGCCGAAGGGGCAUUGCCUCCAGUAGUUUAGGAAUGUUUUGAGCCGAACAACAUGCAUUUGUCUCUUCUCCUCGCUGUCGUCUUUCUUCCUCUCUCCUUACAACAAGAUGAAGACAUCCCGCAUAACGAAGUUAAAAAUUGGGCUCUGAAAUUCGGCGUGGACCUGUGGGAGUUUGGCCGCCAAUUCACGAAGAUGAACGAGAUCCAAAGGAAAUAUCACGACCAUGAUGCGGAAGUCGGAAGGAAGGACGGCCUUCUCCUCAUCAGGGAAAUGGCCACCGAAGUCAAGAACAUGAUGGACAUCAAAAUGAACUCCAUCAGGAGGAUAAUGGACAUUGCAGAACAGGCUGCACUGUCGUACAGGUUAGAGUCAGAAGGGGCGUCGGUUAAGUUCCUCAACAGCAGAAAUUUAAAAAAACAGCCGGGCGUCGUGUUGGAACAGAACAGGCACUUCGAUCGAAGGCACGUCAACACUUCCGUCAGUUCUGUCAUCAUGCCGGCAUUCCUGAGUGAAUCUGAUAUUCAGGUGGCUAACGCUUUGAGAUGGUCAGAACACUUGGACCCCGUGUUUGUCAACAAUUACGAAGUCGACCCCGCUGUCUCUUGGCAGUACUUCGGCAGUUCGACGGGGUUUCUAAGAAGAUUUCCCGCCAUGCAAUGGCCGCCGGAGGAGUCGAAAGGCAACAAGGAGCUGCACGACUUCCGAACGUCCAAUUGGUACGUCGGCGCCUCCACCAGUCCAAAAGACUUGGCAAUCAUGAUGGAGGUAUCCAGCUCUAUGAGCAGUAACGAUUUAGAACUAGCCAAGCUUACAGUUAAGGCCAUCAUCAACACGCUCGGUGAUGAUGAUUUCGUCAACGUUUUCACAUUUGCGGAAACGACCAAGGAACUUCUUCACUGCUUUAAAGAUUUAUUAGUUCAGGCAAACGAAAUCAACAAAAGAGAGUUGAUUGUGGCGCUGGAUAGCGUUCAAUUGGAAAGCGGCGCUAACUUCUCGGCCGCGUUGGUGACAGGUUUCGAAAUACUGCACAGAUAUAAUCAAACUUCCCAGGGCUGUCAGUGUAACCAGGCUCUGAUGCUCGUGACGAUGGGACCAAAAGGCGACCUCAGGCAUAUUUUCAAGGCUUACAAUUGGCCUCACAUGCCGGUCAGGGUUUUCACAUACCUCAUUGGAAAAGACAAAUCUAACGCUGCGGAACUAUUUUGGAUCGCCUGCUCUAAUAAAGGUUAUUACGAGAAUAUAGACAAACCUGAAACAAUAAAAGAGAAGGUGCAGAAUUAUUUACGAGUCAUGUCGAGGCCUAUGGUCAUGUAUCAGUCUGACCACCCUAUACACUGGACGCCCGUCUACACAGGAGGGCAGACGAAUACUCUUGUGACUGAGGACAUCCGGGAAGGACAAUUGAUGACCACAGUCUCAACGCCGAUUUUUGAUAGGAGAAACGGUUCCGAGAGGACGGCCAAUCUGCUCGGAGUCGUCGGAACUGACAUCCCUAUCCAACAGAUCAAGAAGUUAGUGCCCCCCUACAAACUCGGAGUAAAUGGCUACUCGUUCAUUGUCAAUAAUAACGGGCACGUUCUCUACCAUCCGGAUCUGCGACCUUUCCUCGACAAAAACUUGUUUGUUGAAACCUUGAAACCAAAUUACAACAGUGUCGACCUUACGAGUGUCGAACUGCUUGAGGACGACAUAAAUCCAAGGGACAACAACAGUAUCCUAAAUGAUUUGAGAACCGAUAUGAUCAACCAGAGGGAAGGGGAGACUGAUCUGAAGGUGAAAGUGCACUACGAUGAAAUGAGGAGAGUAACGACACGUAGGCACAAAUAUUUUUAUCACCCAAUCGAGGGCACCCCUUUUACGCUCGGUUUGGCUUUGCCGGACGGUUACGGCCUUUAUGAAGUGCUAGCCGAGCAGGAGAUCAAGCUCAGUCAAAUCAACGUUACCGAGUACUUCAAAGGAAACAACUGGAGGGUGCACCCCGACUGGGUUUAUUGUGAGUACAAUUACGCAGGCGAGCAUAAUUUUUCCUCGCCUGAAGAGCAAGUGCUCCAUUUUCUUUCAAGAACCCGCAAACCCGGCUGGAAGUGGAUGUCCCUCCGGCCGAGGUCACCCACAGCCCGCGAACACGAACCAGCUCACGCCAACACGAAGAAAACGGAAAAGGACUCAUACUACUGUGAUAAAACACUCAUGCAGUCUCUGGUCUUCGAUGCAAUGGUAACUGACGGCCUGGAAAGGCCGGGCCCUUCAAAUUUAAAAGAAGAUAAACACCCAAUCGCCACUCUGAUGGCUCUACUAUACAGGCAAGGAUAUCAGAUGUUCGGAGAAACACUCUCUUUUAUAGCAACAAGGAGCGGUUUGAUUAGGUGGCAGGAACACGCUCUGAACGCUCAGGAUGAACAGUCUUUCGCUGCUGAAAACAGAUUGACAUUGGACGAAGUUUGGUUUAAAAGGGCGGUAGAUCAGCACACAAUCGAACCGGAGAGUUUUGUCUUCUCUGUUCCUUUCGAUGCAGGCUCAAAUGAAAAAACACUGGUAACAGCGACCCACGCAAUAUUUUUGGAACAUAAAGGGCAUAAAGCGCCAGCUGCAGUCGUCGGUUUACAGUUUCAACACUCGACCUUGUCCUCUCACUUCAGAAAUGUUACAUCAGCGUGUACUGGUAAUGGCUGCAAAAAAACCUGUGCCUCUGAAGAGCUGGACUGCUAUGUCCUGGACAAUAACGGUUUUAUAAUACUCUCUGAGAAGAAUGAGCAUACAGGCAUGUUCUUUGGACAGGCAGAUGGUACGAUAAUGGACUCACUCGUCCAAGACGGUAUUUACAAAAAAGUGCCUGUCAUGGACUACCAAGGCGCGUGCUCGGAUUCCAAGUCACACUACAGCGAUGCAUCAAAGGGAGCCAUGCCCUGGGAACCACUGCAUUGGAUCAUCCGUUGGUUUUUCACUCGACUCACUUGGCUCAUAGCCCAAAGCCAAGUUUACUAUCUGCUUCAGCCGAUUGCAGUUUCAGCACAAGAAGAAGCUGAUGUUCCUAUAUAUUCCGAUUAUGAAGGCAACAACUACGAUGGUCUAGAAGAAGAGAGCCCUCCUAUUAUACCGACCACCAAACCAUUGGAAAAAGAGACUUUGGACUUUGACGAGCAGCCUCAGGCACCCCAACAAUUGCCAGUCCCACCAGUGACAGCUCCAAGGCAGCCUGUGAACAGGACGACCAGCGCCAGGCCUUGCACCAAAAAAGUCGACUUAUACGUUCUCCAGCCUGGUAGAUUAAACAACAGCGGGCUUUUUAACCCGCUCAAGGGGAAAUUGACCAACUGUCACAUUACGGGAUGCGAAAGGCCGUUCAGUGUUCAAAAAAUACCUCACAGCAAUCUGAUACUGCUCGUUGUCGACACCCUUUGCCCAUGUGGCAGCAAACAACUUAGCAUUAGCGCGCAAGAGAUCAACACAGAAGAUGGAGGGGCACACACUUGCAGGCCCAGCGAACAAGGUUACUACAGAAGGCGGCCCCCAAAAUGCAUCAACUACCAUCCAGAAGAAAUAGAGAUUAAACAGUGUGGAAGAGGAGAAAUGACAAAGUCUUCGUUGGUCCUCGUCCUCAUCUCGGUAAUCACUUUGACUCAAUACACGUGAUUUUAGAUGGAAAUUUAACUAACGACUAAUUAUUGUUAAAACGUUGCUAGUAUUAUAGGAAUGAAAAUGCUUUUGUGACAAUGAUGAUUUAUUAAAAAGAAAUGUUUAUAGUUAUGGAAUUUUUCCGUUGGAAUCAUACAAAUUGUUUGGAUCGUUGAAAUGCAUUAUUUUAAAGCAACUGGAAACAUAUCAGUUAUUGUUAAACGUAUUCAAUACAUUCAUAUAAAUAUCAGGGAUAAUUGCUAUAUUUCUAUGCCGAUAAAUCAUUUGCUCUUGAUAUAUCAUUAGUUUGCAUUUCAGCAUAUAACUCAAGUGUGUUUCAAUUUAUUCAUAUCAUAUAAGGGAAAUUUUACAAUUUGAUAGGUUUCAAUUGUUUAUAAAAAGUUUUAAAAUUCAUAAAAUUAUAUUUAAUGUAAAUAAUUGCCGAUAUAAUGGUUGUGUAUGAUAAAACAUUUGUGGGGAAUUUUUUUUAAUUUAAAAUAAUGUCAACCUGAAGUAAUCGAAGAAUAUUUACCAAAGGAAAAACCAAAGUAAGUAAAAAGGGUAUGUCUCUAUUUUCUACGUGGUUAUUGAAUAUGAAGAGAAACGUUUUUUAGGGAGAAAAAACAAACUUUGGCUAUCUCGCAUAUCCUGGCACAUUUUUAAUGUGACAAAAAGAUGGGAGAUACUUGUUUUUAUAAUGAAAUUGUGGUAAAACGUAAAAUAAGUGAAUAUGACAAAUGUUUCACUUACAAAGAAACAAGGACUUUGUGAUUCUAAUUGCUGAGAUAAACUCAUAGAAUCUCAUUAUUGAAAACUACUUGUAUGUAAGAAUAAAUUUAUGCAAAGUUAUUUUGUUAA